AUGGAAAUUAACAUGAGAUUUGAAGUUGACCGACCUUCAAGUUCAAACAUUUUAAAGGAAAGGAUAACCAUUGAAGCAGAGGAAGGAAAUAGGAAUGGUCUGAGAAAACUGGUAAAGAAAAUGAAGUCAUCCCAAAAGGACGCAUUCAAGAAGGAGUAUGGGAAUUUGUUGAGCCUGUUAGAGGUGAAGGUCCAAACAUCAGCAAUUACUACUUUAGCCCAGUACUAUGAUCCACCACUAAGGUGUUUCACUUUUCAAGAUUUCCAACUAGUGCCAAUAGUGGAAGAAUUCGAGCAGAUUUUAAAUAUACCUCUUGAGGGAAAAGCCCCAUACAAUUACCUUGGGCAGUAUGUCCCUAUCUUGCAGCUAUCAAGGAUCAUGAAAGUACACCCUGUGAAGUUAGAAAGCAAGUUCAUAAUCAAGGGCAAAGUGAGGGGCCUUCCCCAAGGAUACCUAAAAGGAUACUUGCAUCGUUUGGCUGAAGAGGAAAAUUGGGAAACGUUUAUGGAUGUAUUGGCUCUUCUCCUCUAUGGUAUCAUGCUUUUUCCUAGUGUCAAGAAUCUCGUUGACUAUGCCGCUAUGAACGCAUUUGUAGGAUACAAAGAGCGUUGUGAGAAUCCAGUCACUGCCGUCCUGGCUGAAGUUUAUGGGACCCUUAAUCGUUGUUAUGAACUGAAGGGAGGAAAGAUGUUAUGCUGUCUACCAGUGUUGUAUAUGUGGUUCAUUUCCCGUGUGACUGGAGAUGCCUUAAAUUCCCCGUGCCCCAUGGAUGAGCUAUUGCAGUGUAAACCAAAUGUGAAAGGGGCAAAUGAAUGGGCACAACUUUGUGCAAGUUUAAACGAGGAUCAAAUUAAAUGGUGUGUCCCUUGGCAGCGUAGAUCACAAAUUAUAUAUCACUGCGGGAGGUACCCUAAUGUACCCCUCAUGGGUAUUAGGUGUUGUAUUAAUUACAAUCCUGUGUUAGCACAAAGGCAAUUUGGGCAUCCUAUGAGAGGAUCACCUACACCUGCGUCUCUUGCCAUAUUGCAAAUCUAUUAUGAGGAAGGAACCUUUGUUGAAGUACUUCAUGAAGUUAGGAAUGCUUGGGGCAACAUUAUUCGUGCAGAAAUGGACCCCAGACCAUGGACUAUUGAUGAAGGAAUUCCUUACAGCCAUUGGAUUGCAGAAAGGGUUAGGACAGUGAAGUUGCCUUUCGAGUUAACUUCUCCUAACCUAGAUUAUGGAAAACAGUUUCAUAAGGCUGAAAGUGAGGAACUAAAAUUGUUGAAGGCAGAAUUCGAGCAAAUGAAACUAGAAAAUAUCAAGUUGACCAAUAAUCUUCAGAGCCUACAACAUGAUUAUGAGAAUCUUAAGCAAGAAGGUGUGGAAAACAGCGAAGCAUACGAGGAGUUGUUAAUAAGACAAAAGCAAGAGCUAGUAGCGGCCAACAUUGAGCUGACUUUGAAAGACCGGGAAUAUGGUAUAAUUGAGAUAUCAGAGCGUGUUACGAAGCAAUUGUAUGACCAAUCCCAGAGGGACAAGCAAAAAGUACUAGAGGAACUGCACAAAAUGCAUAUUAGAAUGGACGACGCCGAACAACAGGCGAAUGCAGCAGUGACAAAACUGAAGAAGGAACGUUGGCAUCGGGCUGAAUCAGAGAAGAAACAUCAAGAGUUGAUGAAUCAGAUGAAGGAGUAUACCGUUGAACAAGGGCGAGUUAUAAAAACUGGAAGAGAAGUGUCGCACAGCUAG